GUCAUUCGAAACUGAUAUGCUUACUUUAAAUUCAACAUUUGAACAAGACGUCGUAAGUCCCGCUCUUGCCACUUUGGCCAACGAGUUGGCGAAAGCAUCUCACACUAGAGCAAACUCUACGCAGAGUGAUAUUGAAGAAAGAAAGUUACAUUAUGUUCAGGAUUCCGUUCAUCCCACUUCCCCUGCCAAUUUGACAAGGUCCAUAUCCCAGUUCCUGGCGUCCAAUCAUGCCCGCUCUAAUCAUAACAACAUCGAGGAGUUCCUUCGUCCAAUGAAACGUCGACGGGUAGAUGAAUCUUUAACUUCGCCUGCGCAGCAUGAUUCCUCAUCUUCUGGCGACGUAUGUGAUGAACCUCUUCCCACAUGUGCAAGGACCCGCGCGAUACGCGUAAACCGCGACAUCCAGAUGAAGUAUGAUAUUGUAAAGAAUGAUGAAGGGCCUUUGGGAAAGACUAUGCAUGGUACUUUCAAGGAUCCAGUUGAAGUGUUGCGAAAUGCCCCCGAACAAGGGGCAGGAGGCGUGAUCGGGGACUCCAGAAAAGGUGUGCCCAUACUUGAUAGACACCCAGGUUUCACGGAGAGGUUCAAAAACAUAGAGGAGCACCUUGCUAUCAGAUACAUUCCUCGACCUCCAGAAGAUAUUCGUCUCCGGCUAAAAACCAUCGAGGACCAUAUCAUUAGGUUGGAGAAAGAUUACCCUCCUUGGGCGGCUCUUCACUUUAACCAGCCUCGACGCGAUUGGCCACCCCCUCCGCCUUCCACACUGAUUGUCAUUCCUUCCCAUCUGACUAUUCCCGACCCUACAGUUUCAUCAUCAAGUGCAGUUCCCCAAGCACCAUCAUCUGCCCCCGUCUCAACCCUCUCUUCCUCAGUUUCCACCUCACUGCAUGUGGACGGACUGACAUCAUCACCGGCGUUAUUAGCACCUGUGUCGACGAAAGGGAAAAUGAAAGCAAAACCGUCACGGAUGGAAUCAAGCUUAUACCGAGCCGUGAUGGAGAAAUUGGAGGUUAGCAAGGCACUGAGUGAGGGUGCGAGGGUUGCAGAGCUUGAUGAUGGAAAGCACUGACGGGCAAAUGGCUGGGAUGCUAUGAUACAGACUAUUCGAUUGCCCCGAUCCGAUAUCGGGGUUAUGUCUAUCAACAGAUACAUAAGGUGGUAUUAAUUAUACGAGAAGACAUAAAGCACCACGUUCUUGAAUGGAUGCCUAG